UCGCAUUUGUUGUUUCUCGGAGCAACGCAUUGAGUGCAGGGCGACAAGACGCGCUGCAUACCGACAGAGAUAGAGGAGAGGAGCCUAAUUACGGGACGAAUUGUCUACUACAGAACGCACAUAUUGUAUCCAUUAGUUUGCAAUGUUCUGUCGAAUACUUGACAGAAAACAGUUGAGUAUUUACCUUCGUGUCUAGGUGCGCAUUUGAGCACAUUUGCUCUCCAAACCAUUGAAAACAACAUUAAUUCAGUGUCUGGAAUAUUUGAGAUUUUUGCACCAGAAUUUUGUCAUUUGGUAUUCCCUCUACGUCUACGAAAACAUCAACAAUCCCUUCUUUGGCUAAGUGGGGUCAUCAGCGAGAAAAGUCAAGGGGAUAGACACAUGUUUUUGUUCAGUCACAUGUAAAAGCAGUUGGUUAUUACUGUUGGACAUAAAUAAAACACACCAGGUAGAUCUUUUUACAUUUUUCCUGCAAAGGCUCCAUACAAGGGGACUACAACGGUAUCCUACUACGAAAACAACAACUAAAAAUCCAUCGAAACAUCAAAACAUGAGGUGCCCAGUCUUACGAAACGUGUUCGCUGGUUUGCUCCUCGCAUUGCUGUCGAAAGGGCCAAGUGUGCACGGAGCCGAAUUCGGCCACCUGCCCGACAACAUUACAGUCCUGGAAGGAGAGAGCAUCAUUCUGAGGUGUAAAAUCGACGAGGAGGUGACCCACAAGGCGUGGUUGAACCGCUCAAACAUCCUGUUUGCAGGGACAGACAAGUGGUCGCUGGACAGACGGGUGUCGCUGGUCAACAGUAACACUAGUGACUUCUCCAUCCAGAUAGAGAGAGUGGAGGUGGCUGACGAGGGGCUGUACACCUGCAGCUUCCAGGCCAGCAACAAGCCCCGUAUAGCCCACGUCUUCCUCAUCGUCCAAGUGCCAGCCAGAAUCGUCAACAUCUCCCAAGAUGUGUCAGUGAACGAGGGGGGCAACGUAUACCUUUUCUGUCUGGCGGUGGGACGACCUGAACCCACUGUCACCUGGAAGGAGAACAAAUAUGGUCUAAUGAGUGAGGGGGAGUUCCUGGACAUAACAGAGAUCAAGCGGCAUCAGGCGGAGGAGUUUGAGUGCAUUUCCAACAACGGAGUGACGCAGCCCGACAUACGCAAAGUCAAGGUCACCGUCAACUACCCUCCCAUGAUCACAGACGUAAAGAACAUGCCAGCCCAGCUGGGCAAAACGGCCAUUUUGCGCUGUGAGGCCAUGGCAGUACCCACGGCCUCCUUUGAGUGGUACAGAGACGACCGCAGGCCGGUAGAGAGCGAUAAUACUCUGAGGAUCAAGAACGAGAAGACGCGCUCACUGCUUCUCUUCACCAACGUGACGGACAAACACUUUGGCAACUACACCUGUUUUGCCUCCAACAGGCUUGGAGCCUCCAACGCCAGCAUGCUGCUCUUCCGGCCGGGAGCCGUGUACGGGCGAGGCGUGGCCGUCAACGUGGGGGUGAGUGCGGGUGUCGGCUUCUGGCUUUGCCUCUCUGUCUCUCUCCUGAUGAAGGUCUAAGAGCUUUUCCCGGAAGUCCCGUCCCGCCUGCGGAAGGAAAAAGGAAUUUCUUUAAUUACGAACCCAUCACUGUGAAACAAAAAUGAUAUGCAUUAUUCCAGGAGCCAUUGACGCAUCGCAUCUCACACCCACACCAACUCCCCCCUCUUCCUCACCCCACUACCUCCCCCCUUGCUACCUAUAUUGCCACUGUCACCAUUACCACUCUCUCUCUUCAUCCUGUUUCCAAUGAGGGUCACAUUGGUGAUGUCUAUAAUGUGUUUAUUAAGAAUGAUAAUUGUGAUAAUGAUGAUGAUGAUGAUGAUGAUGAUGAUGAUGAUGAUGAUGAUGAUGAUGAUGAUGAUGAAAACAGAUAUUUAACACCAGGAUAAUACUAUUAUAAAUCUAAAUGAUGACUGAUCUACACUACUGUUGGUCUCAUAGACAUUUGAAAACUAGGAGUAACAACACUCCUAUUUAUGGUUGGAACUACUCUAUAAUAACAAUGAUUAGUCAUUAUGAUGAGGGUCACGUGACCUUGUUGAAAGCUGUCCAUUGGCCCGUUGGCCCUGUGACAUUUGACCCUAUGAUCAUACAAGUACCGUUGUAUUUUGUUUUUAACCGCGUGGCAGUGUAUAUGACGCGGCUGCUACGAAUGAUGUCAAAACACACAUGAAGGGUGGGCGGUGGGCGGUUCUAUAUAGUCUCAGCCCUUCUACUGCAUCCUUUUGGGGAUCUCAACCAAGACGAAGCACGUGAGAAGUCCCCCCCCCCCCCCC